AACCUUCGCUCAUCAGAGCUGGUGUUUACGGAUCGCCUAGGGUCGAGCACGACAUUUCCAACAAGCAUUGCCUAGCUCCACUAGCUCAGUGCAAGUGCCGAAAUGGCACCUUUGCCUUGCUCGCCAGUGUCUAAUUCUACGGCGUCAGAGUCACACUCUGUGCCUGCGUCCGAAGACUCGGACGACUCCCUGACCACACCUCGACCUGGCCCGGCAGAUCCAGCACAACGGACUCAUGCCAAUCUCAGCCGGCCAUCCGUCCCUAGCUACUCCUCCUCCCCAGACUCGUCCAAGAAGUCCGGCGAGGUAAGCAAAGUCAACCCUUGGAACAAGCAGACAGAAGGGCGUCCACGUGAUCCCUAUACAUAUGACCCGAAGUCGCAUGCUCAGCAGCACUUAGGAAGCAACAGCCGUCCACCACCGGAGCGUACACGUAGUGUGACUUUCUCGCCGCAACUUGCCUCGCCGAAGGGAGAUCGCAGUGGCGGGUACGGCAGCUAUCUGAUGGAUCGUAGACAGUCGCCAAGCGUGAGUCCGCACGGAGAAGGGCGGGCCAAUCGAUCUGAAGAUGUAGGCGAAAGCAGUGCGGAUGAGACUACCGCCAUCUUUCCGAAGGAUCGUAUCAGUUCCGGCCGCAGCUCCUUGCGUUACGGGGCUGUUGCUGGUGAGCAGCACGAGGACGAGCCGGCUCUGGGCGCAACCGGCUAUGACGGCGGAUCGGAGGAGCCAGAGGCAGGGGCAGAUGGUCCUAAGAAACGGAAGACUAGCGCCGUCGGCAAAAGUAAAGCUGGACAGAAUGCAGGUCCGAGCCAAGAGCAGCAAACGCAAGCUGGCGCUGAAGAUGAGAAUGGUGGAGAGCGUGAGAGCUGGUGGAAGUUGUUCGUCGAGAAUUAUGGCAGUAUCGAGCUGGAGAAUAAGGGAAGUGUAGCCCGUGACCAUCUUGCACUCGAACGCACGUUUCUUGCUUGGCUUCGUACCUCACUAUCUUUCGCAUCCAUUGGCAUUGCCGUCACCCAGCUCUUCCGCCUCAACACCUCUUUGCAAGGUAACUCGGGAGGCAACUCUUCUGCAUCGUCAUCAUCGCAGCUUUCGUCAGAAUCACACCAACAACCGCUUCAAGCAUCUGCAUCGCCGGCCACGCAGCACCGGUUGCGGCAUGUUGGCAAGCCGCUGGGUGCGACAUUCUUAGGCAUAUCCAUCCUCAUCUUAUUGAUCGGCUUCCAUCGCUACUUCGAGUCUCAGCACUACGUCAUUCGCGGCAAAUUUCCCGCCUCUCGUGGCAGCAUUAUCCUCGUUUCUAUCGUGGCUUUUACGCUUAUCAUUUCGAGCUUCAUCGUCGUUGUGGCAAUUGCUCCGAGUGCCUUCAACACGCGGUGAGGGAGCUUCUGCCACCUACUCGGAUCCUUGUCGGAGCCAGUGCACCAGUCCUAAGAUGGAAUAGCAAUCCUCGUACGGCAUCGAGGAGACGGUCGCGCCAUCGCGUGCGCCAGUAUGGAAUGUGCAGAGGU